CCAAGUCGGGGACAUUAUCAGCUUCCUUGUUUACUUUCCUCUUCAGUGACAUACAAGGGUCUGAUUAUCUUAUACAGAGUGCAAACUCAGAUACUUUCAGUUUAGUUGAAGGAAGUUAAAGGACUGGAGAGAACUGAAAAAUGAAAACAAGAAGGAGAAGGAAGUCAAAGACUGGAGAGAACUGAAAACAAGAGGGGAGAAUAUCACGAGUGACUCUGGAUCAAGAUCAUCAGAAACUCUACAAUGGCGUCCAUGCUGUCCAUGCAGAUCCAAUGUCCGGUGUGUCUGGGCAGCUUUAGGGAUCCGGUGUGUCUUCCAUGUGAACACUCUUACUGUAGAGUGUGCAUCACCAGUCAUGCGGCCGUCAGCACAAGCGGAAGCUUUUGUCCGGAGUGCCGGCAGCCCUUCAGCAGGGACAAUAUCAGGGUCAAUCGAACUUUAAGAAACAUCGUUGAUGCCGCCAGAGCCCAUCUCGAAGAACACGAGGCCUUCAGAGAAAGAGCGAGAGCCUUCCGGAUGAGACAAGACCAGUCCUCCUCCAUCGGCCAGUGUCCUGAUCACGACGAGGCAUUCAGGUUCUUCUGCGAGACGGAUCAAAAACUCAUCUGCGUGGUCUGCAAAGAAGAAGCUCGACAUCAGGGGCACAGUUCUAAAAGUCUGAGAGAUGCCCUUCAGACCAGGAAGGAGAAGAUAGUCGACAAGUUGGACACUUUGUUCAGUGAAAGCGAGACGCUGGUCGACCUGAUCGAGAAGCAAACUCGGGAGAUCAUCAAAACACGGGAGAAAGCCAAGACGCUGUCAAAUCAGAUUUCCACACAGUUUGAUCAGAUGCACCAGUUUCUGAGAGAGAAAGAGGAGGAAGUAAAGGCACUGCUGCUGGUGGAGGAAGAUAAGCUUUUAGAUGACAUGGAGGUAAAGCUGUUCACCAUGGAAGAGCUGUUGUCGGAUGUGAGAGUAAACCAAGGGACGAUUAUGUCUGCGCUGGAUAUGGAGCAACCCUGCCAGUUCCUACCGUGGUGGUCUGAAUGUGGAGGGUCACUGAUUGGGGAAACAGCAUCAUCUAGUGGAGUGCUGUCACCUGUGGGGGAUCUUAGAGUCACCCAGGACUCGCUGUUCCUCGGCCCGUAUGAGACUCACCUGCAGUUCUUUGUGUGGAAAGACAUGCUUAAAUCCAUCAAGCCAGUGCCCCAUCACCCCUCCAUGGAAUUUAAAAGCAACCAGAGUAUGAAAGUGUCCUCCAGUGGUCUCCACGUCCAGUGCAGGAAGGGCUCCACCAAGAACAAACUCGGUGCCCCCUGGCUGAAGGCUGGGUCUUCGUUCAGAACCGGGCAGAACUACUGGGAGGUGGAAGUGGGGCAGAAGUUGGAAUGGGAGGUUGGGAUUUGCAGCUGUGCAUCAGAAAAGGUCAACAAAGACACGAUGCUGUGCUACAGCUCCGACUCCGGGUACCACGUCCAGCAGGGGGACAAAAGGACGGUGCAGGUUUCACCACAUCCCAGAAAGAUAGGCGUGUAUCUGGACUGUGCAAGGAACCAGGUUUCAUUCUUUAAUGCCGAUAGCAUGACUCUCAUCGACACAUCAGUGCUGUCUGACACGUCAUCCUCCCAUUCCCUCUGCAUCUCCCCCGGACACUACCUGAACGGGAAGAACUCUGAUCCAGUCACGGUCUGCUGGUACUGAGGACAACAGAAUCUCAUAUCUGCAGGAAGUUUUAAGUGGGUGGAGCGCUGGCUCUGUCUAUACUAUUUACAGCACUGUGCAAAAGUUUUAGGCACCAUAGCAAAUUACACUAAUCCAUUUAUCUCAGCAAUUUGAGUGUUUUUACCUAAAAAAAGCACAUAUGAUUUGAACAGGUGCAAAUAAACAUAAAUACAGUAAAACGUAACAAGGAAUUCUCAUUUUAACUAAGUAUGUUAUAUCCUGUGAGCCAAGCUGAAGAAAAAAGUGUAGUUUCUCCAGAUUUCUCCUGGAUGCUCCUCAGCCAGCAUGUGUAUAUUCAGUUCAGUUCCAUCAGCAGCUCACCUGAUUUACCACAUUUACCAGUAAUUUACCAAACCAGGUGUUGAUAUGAGGAGAACUAGAAAUAAUAACUCUAUUAAAAUCAGAUGAACCUGGUGAAAAAAUAUGUCUAAGUAUGCUGUAAAUAUACUUAACAGAUUUAAAAUAUAUUAAAAAUACAUUAAUGUUAUGCUUUCAUCAAAUGUUUGAAAGUAAACUGACCCUACUUUUUAAAAAAAUUACAAUAUAAUGUAUAUAAAACUAUAAAAAUUGACCACUAUGAAGUACAUUUUUAGUUUAAUGUAAUUCAAUAUACUUCCAAAAUACUUAUUUCCAAAUAUACUUUUGUACAUUUUUAG